AUGUCGGUCUUUGAACCGAAAACAAUCCUUACUCUUCUCAAGAACUCGACAGCCGUCUCUCCUCUCGAGAAAAACACCUUCGAGAAGAAUUGGAGGGUUAGCGUAGAAAAACGUGUCAGCACAUGGAAUGAGGCACGCAGCCAUAUAAACAACUCAUGUCCGCAGUUUCAGCUACAGUGGGAGUCUGAGAUUGUCGAGUACGUCCAGUUCCUGUGGGAGAAGACGAGAAGACGGUCAAAGAAAGGUGAGACCAACAAGCUGGGAGUCAACGUACCAUUGCUUGGGCCUCGGUUUAUGCCUCCAUCCUACCUGCACAUCCAGAAGCGGUCAGGUGGUGGAGCCGUUGAUCUGACGAUACAGUACCUCAAGCCACUCAAUAUUGUGCACCCGUUCUACCACCCACAGCUUGCACGGUGUCCGAGAUGCGGGUCUGACAAGGACAUGACUUGGGAGGGAUGGACGAGCAAAGGACCUUGA